AGGAAAAAAAGAAGCCAACUCAUCUGACACAAACAGUGGGCCAAAGAAAGGGGAAGAGCAGGAGCAGCACUGUCCAGGACGAGUGGAAAAUCAAAGUUGGAGAGGCUGAAGAGGAGUGUGAAGAAGACAAGUCAGGGAGAAAAGGAUCCUGAGAGUCUGCACAAAGAUUGGAUUAAAAAAAAAAGUUUUAACCAGCCAAACAAAGGAGGAAAAAGGGGGUUGAAGCAGAGAGGGCCCCAACAUUCAGAGAGAGAACAGGAUGUCGACCCUGCCAUCGGAAAACAGCCCUGAAGAUGCAAACAAUCGCAGCUUCUGGAUGCCUGGGAACUAUCAGCGCACUGUGAAGCGAACAGAAGAUGCCUUCCAGGCCUGUAAUGACAUAGUGGCCUGUUUCCAAGAGAGAGCUCGGGUGGAGAGGCAGUACGCCCAGCAGCUCAGUGAAUGGAGCAACAAGUGGAAGCCAGUAGUGGACUCCAGUCCUCUGUAUGGAUCUCUUCUGAAGGCUUGGCAGUGCUUUUUGUCCUCUGCAGACCGGCUAGCCUCCUUACACGCCUCCAUCUGUCGCUCCCUGGUGUCGGAGGAUGGAGACCGGGUCAGGACCUGGCAGAAGGACACCUUCCACAAGAAGUUGUUUGGAGGCUUCAAGGAGUCCCAGGACAUCGAGACGGGCUUCGCACGUGCCCAGAAGCCGUGGGCCAAGCGACUUAAAAAGCUGGAUAAAACCAGGAGGGCAUAUCAUAAGGUGAGCCGUAAGGAGCAGGCAGCCAGGGACAGAGAGGCACACGCUCAGGGAAAUCCAGAUGUUGCCAUCGACAAACAAAAGAAGAUCCAGGAGGAGAGAGAGCUGGCUCAGCAGGAGGCCGAGAAGGUUCGUGCCCGCUACGAGAAAGUCCUGGAGGAGGUGAACCGCUACGCUCCUCGCUACAUGGAGGAGAUGGAGUCCACCUUUGACCAAUCGCAGGACGAAGAGAGGAAGAGGAUUGUCUUCCUCAAACAGGCCUUCCUGUCCAUCCACAAACAUCUGGACAUUACCAACGAUGAGAGUGUGAGAGCUGUGUACAAUGAGCUCCACAACACACUGAUGGCCAUCGAUGAGCAAGAAGACCUUCGCUGGUGGAAGAACACCCACGGGCCUGGCAUGCCCACCGACUGGCCUCACUUCCAGGAAUGGACGCCUGAAAAGAAAGACAAAAAAGGGAAGAAGGAGGUGGAGAAGAAAGGAACAAUAGAGAGGAGUGUGAUGAUUGGAGGAGUGAGAGUAAGAGCUCUGUAUGAUUAUGUUGGCCAGGAGACAGAUGAGCUGUCCUUUAAAGCAGGUGAGGAGUUUUUGAAGACUGAGGAUGAGGAUGAUCAGGGCUGGUGUCGGGGGAUGAAGGACGGAGGGUGGGAGGGGCUUUACCCAGCCAACUACGUGGAGGUAGUGUAGUUAUCACAUGUAGACCUGCGAAUAAAAGAUCGUUGUGCAUCACAUGCUUCAUUUCACUGUGGAUUUCACAGCCUGGUUACAUUUCUAAAGGGUCAGAGAAGAAAACCAAUGCUGUAAACAACAACACC